UUUAAAUAGACACGUGCUCAAUGUGUGCGUACCCUAAACUUGUUUGUCUCUUGUCUCUUAAAUUAAAUUCACUUAAUGUGUGUACUGUGUAGUUGGAGGUUAUAUGUAGUAUGUAUUAAAUAAAUUAAGUAAUCGAAUAAGAUUAAUACAAGUUCAUUGUUAUUGUGGCCGUGCCAAGUAAAUAAAAUUUAUUUUAAAAUAACGUUUGAAAAAUUAUUGUAAUUAAUAAUAGUUAUUAUUAUUGUUAUUGUUAUUAAUUUUAUUAUUAUUAUUAUGGAUACUGUUAAUGAUAAUUGUAAAAAACGUAUGUCCAAUUCGUACGAAGAUGAAGAAGAACGAAAACAUUUUCAAAGAAUUGUUUCGGCAUUUAAACAUUACAAACCACAUUCACUGCAACGAGUGCGUAAAACUGAGAAUUAUUUAUCCUCACUACCUCAACACCACCAGCAAUUACUUAUCAAAUACCGCGAGCAUUUGCAACAAGUUAAAGUUUGCAUUGAACAUAAUGCAGAAAUAAUAAAAUUAAUAACACGAGGUGCUCCAAGUAUUUUUGAAAACGUCAAUCCUCCAGACGAACAUGACAGUGUAAGAACAAUUACAUUAAAUUCACGGCCAAUUUUAGCUGAUCAAGAGAAAGUCCAAGCAACUAUUAAACAAUUGAUACGUGAUUGGAGUGUACAGGGCAUUGAAGAAAGGAAGACGUGUUAUCAGCCUAUUAUUGAUGAAAUUAUUCAUCAAUUUCCUCCAGAUGAAUGCGAUCCGUCAAAAAUAAAUGUUCUUGUACCUGGUGCUGGAUUGGGACGACUCGCCUUCGAAAUCGCUAAGCGAGGAUACACUUGCCAAGGAAAUGAGUUUUCGCUGUUUAUGUUGUUUGCGUCAUACUUUGUAUUGAAUAAAUGCAGAGAAGUUAAUUCGUUUAAAAUUUAUCCUUGGGUGCAUCAAUACAUGAAUAAUUUAUAUUCGUCUCAUCAAACGCUGGAUGUAUCGUUUCCGGAUGUAAACCCAAGUGACUUGCCGGAGAAUGCACAGUUUUCUAUGACUGCUGGAGAUUUUUUAGAGGUCUACAAUGAAUACGAUCACUGGAAUUGUAUCGCGACUUGUUUUUUCAUCGACUGCGCAAACAAUGUCGUGCAAUUCAUCGAAACAAUAUACAAAACACUUAAACCCGGCGGUGUCUGGAUAAAUCUAGGCCCUCUGCUUUAUCAUUUCAGCGACAUGCCCAACGAGGACUCAAUCGAGCCCAGUUACGAAGUCGUCAGACAAGUUAUUCUAGGUUUCGGUUUUAAAAUCGAGAAAGAAAAAACCCAAGUUAAAACACGUUAUGCGCAAAACACAAAUAGUAUGUUGCAAUGUGAGUACAACAGUGUGUACUUCGUCUGCCGGAAGCCAAAUAAACAGUCGGUUAUUGAUAAUAAAAAUAAUCAAUUAGAAAUGAACGGCUUUAAUCAGUCAAACGAUAUUGAAAUCGAUUGUGAUAACGAUAAUAUUAAUCUUGACUCUAAUGACGUAAUUAUUUCACGUAAUUAAUUUUUCUCAAGUAUUUUUUUCCGUUGCUAUUUAAAAUUAUUUUAAUACAAGGCAUAAUUUUUUUCUCUUUUUUUAUCAAAAUAAAAUUAAUACUCAGUAAUUUUUUUUUAAAGUUUGAGUAAUUACUAGAUAAUUAGUAAAUUCGUGGUACAAAUGAAAGGAAAAGUAAUGAAAAAUAUAUAA